AUGGACGCUGAAACAGUAGAUUCCACUCAACCACUGCUUCAUAUCAACAUGAGCAAUGUCUCCAAACUCACCUCUCUCAACUAUGUCACUUGGAGUCUCCAAGUCCACUCCCUACUUGAUGGCUACGACUUAGCUGGUUUUAUUGAUGGAACCACACCUUCUCCGUCUCCAACUGUUACGACCAACGGCCAAACCAUCACAAACACAGAUUUCACCAAAUGGAGGCGCCAAGACAAGCUGAUCUACAAUGGUCUCCUUGGGACACUCUCUCCUAUUGUGCAACCUCUUGUAUCUACCACAAAAUCUGCAUCAGAGAUGUGGAGAUCUCUGGCUGACACGUACGCUAAACCAAGUAGAGGCCAUGUUCAACAACUUCGACAUGAACUCAAAAACUUACCCAAGGGUGACAAAACCAUCGAUGAGUACAUGCAAGGGCUGACCACUCGUUUCGAAAAACUUUCUCUCCUUGGUCAACCGGUUCUACAUGAAGAACAGAUUGAAUACAUUCUUCAAGGCUUACCUGAAGAAUACAAGUCAGUUGUGGAUCAAUUUGAGGGUCGUGAUGUGUCUCCAACCAUCACUCUAGUCCAUGAAAAGUUGCUGACCAAGGAAGCUAAACUCCUCUCUGUUUCAACUGUUGUGCCAAGUCAUGUCCCACUCUCCGCGAAUGUCGCUACCUCUCGUCCUCGGCUCUCUCAAUACCAACCUAACAACCGCCACAAUCAACACCACAACCAACAAUACAACUCCAAACAUGAUGGUCGCAUGUCUCGUGGAUAUCAAGGUAAGUGCAAAAUCUGUGGUGUCUUUGGCCAUAGUGCCUGUCGGUGUCCUCAAUACUCACAACCUCUGUCUACUCCACCAAAUGGUCUUCUCCCGACCCCAUUUUGUCCUUGGAAACCAAGAGCAAAUCUUGCUCUUUCCUCACAAUCUCUGGCUAAUCCGUGGAUCAUGGAAAGUGGUGCCACACACCACAUGACCAAUGACCUCAACAACCUAGCAAUGAAUCAACCAUACAUGGAGGAGGACUCAGUUCUCAUGCUGGUUCACUCACCCUUCCUUCCUCUACUCGCCCUCUAA